GAGAGACGCAGGAGGGGCGCAGAACAGGAAAGAUACCGAGGCACACUGUUGUAGCCUCAACUAGCAGUGAAGCGAUUCCCGAAGGCAUCUGCGGUGGAAAUAUAUUCCCGGAAUACAGAACCAAAGAUGAACACAAUUGUGUUUAACAAACUAAGCAGUCAAGUCCUUUUUGAAGAAAAGGCGAAAGAAGUUGAACGGAGCAGCCGAAACUAUUUAGAAGUAAUCGAUGGACAGCAUCCAGAUUUACUCUCCAACAACCAGACAAUCAAAGACAACUCUGCCAUCAGACAUAGGAGGUCUGGGUCCCGCCAGAACGGGGGGAAGGUGCGACACAAGCGGCAGGCUCUCCAGGACAUGGCCCGGCCCCUCAAACAGUGGCUGUACAAACACAGGGACAAUCCUUACCCCACAAAAACGGAGAAAAUCCUGCUUGCCCUGGGCUCGCAGAUGACUUUAGUCCAGGUGUCGAACUGGUUCGCCAACGCCAGGCGGAGGCUGAAGAACACGGUGAGGCAGCCAGACCUGAGCUGGGCCCUGCGCAUCAAGCUCUACAACAAGUACGUCCAGGGGAACGCCGAGAGGCUGAGCGUGAGCAGCGACGACACCUGCUCAGAAGACGGAGAAAACCCCUCGCACACUCAGACGGGCGCGGCCGAGUUCAGCAAGCCCAUGUACCAGAGCGUGAUCAAGAAGGAGAGCGGGGUGGUGGCGGCGGGGCUAAGGGCCGACGCCUCGCUCGGGGACGACUACGUCUCCCCACCCAAGUACAAGAGCAGCUUGCUACACCGGUACCUCAACGACUCUCUGCGCCACGUCAUGGCCUCCUCCAGCGCCGUCAUGGACUCGCGCAAACGGAACCACUCAGGGUCUUUCAGCUCCAAUGAGUACGACGACGAGCUGCUCUCGCCCUCCUCCUCCGAGACCGAGGCGAACUUUGUUUAUCGAGCUGAGACUGUGGACCAUGGAUCAAACAAAUGUGACAGCGCGCCAAAGGAGAAGCCGCGAGGCAAAGACGAGACAUACUGGAGAGAGAUCAACGCAGCCAUGGCCUUGACGAACCUCGCCCAGGGAAAGGACAGUGUAUCAGGGACAACCAGCUGCAUCAUCCAGAAGUCCUCCCAUAUAUCAGAAAUUAAGACUGUCAAAGUGCCCAUGGUCCAGAAGUAUUAACCCGGCU